AUGUCACAGAACAUUGCUCCAAGAGGGACGAAGAGGGGUAGAAAGGAUAAUGAACUUCCUACAAAUGCAGUAGAUGAGGACAUCACAGACAUAUCAUCUAGUGAAGAGAACAAUGUUCUCAGUGAUGUAGACAACGACAUAGGCUCUGAUGAAGAGUUUGAAGGGGAAAAUCCAGCAGAUAAGAGAAGAAGACUAGCUAAACAAUAUCUAGAAAAUUUAAAAUAUGAGGCUAGCGCGAUCAGAAGUGAAAUGAUGGCCGGCGAAGAAGCUGAGAAUGGACUAGUAACUGAAGUCGACGAUUAUAAUAAUUUUGAUGCAGGCGAUCUGGACAAAGAUAUAAUUGCAUCAAGACUUAAGCAGGAUGUUGCAGAACAACAGGGUCGUGUCUAUAGAUUCAUUGCGGACAAAUUAUUACUGUCGGAAUCCAAGGUAAGUUUUACGAGAAUUGGUGAAAAGAAUCCCACAUGUAUUAGCUGUUUCCAAUCUGAAUCAAACAAAUUCACUGUAGAUGGUCCAAAUCAAUUAGGUUCCAAAAGUAAAGGGAAAAUUUUCGCAUAUACAGUAAGCAAAGAUCUACAAUUAACAAAAUAUGAUGUUACAGACUUCACGAAAAGACCAAAGAAGCUUAAAUAUAAUAAAGGUGGUGUCAAAUUCGUCCCUGAAGGCAAAAAUGAGUACGAAAACACAACCGAAGGGCACUAUGAUGAAAUAUUGGCUGUAGCCACCUCACCUGACGGCAAAUAUGUUGUCACUGGUGGUAGAGAUAAAAAAUUAAUUGUAUGGAGUGCCGAAUCACUUUCUCCUAUCAAGGUAAUCCCUACUAAAGAUCGUAGGGGUCAAGUUAUGUCAUUGACGUUCAGAAAAAACAGUGAUCAACUAUACGUUGCAUGUGCUGAUUACAAAAUCAGAACAUAUUCGAUUAAUCAAUUUUCUCAGUUAGAAACAUUGUAUGGACACCAAGAUACAGUAGUUGACAUAGCUUCUUUAGCAAUGGAAAGAUGUGUAACAGUUGGCUCUCGUGACAGAACAGCCAUGCUUUGGAAAAUUCCAGAUGAAACGAGACUGACUUUCAGAGGUGGUGAGGACCCAGAAAAGUUAUUAAAAAAGUGGAUGAGAGAAAAUGCUACGCAAAAUGAAGAAGAAGAAUUGAUAUAUCCUGAUGAAAGCCUUGCACCCACUUUCUACACUGAAGGUAGUAUUGACGUUGUGACUAUGGUGGAUGAUUCGCACUUUAUUACAGGUUCUGAUAAUGGUAACAUAUCAUUGUGGUCUCUAUCAAAAAAGAAGCCUAUAUAUACAGUAAGAACAGCACAUGGAGUAAGGCCAGCUCCAGAAGCGGAUAAAAUAUCGGGUGAAGCAAGUGAAAACUUAAGAAAACAGCAAUUACAGAAUGAAAAACUAACUCAUCCUUACUGGAUUACAGCUGUACAUGCAAUUCCAUAUUCAAAUAUAUUCGUCUCCGGUUCAUGGGAUGGUUCCUUAAGAGUCUGGAAAAUAGAAGAAAAUAUGAGGGGAUUCAAACUUUUAGGAGAACUUCAGAAUUGUAAGGGUGUGGUGACCAAAAUCCAAGUGGUUGAGAACGGUAGACAUGGCAAAGAAACUUUCCGUAUCCUUGCCAGUGUUAGUAAAGAACAUAAGUUGGGUAAGUGGAUUGAAAAAGUGCCAGGAGCAAGAAAUGGUAUUUAUUCUGCUGUGAUUGAGCAAAUACGCCUAUAA